AUGAGGUUGAUACUUCUUCUCUUAACCGUCUCGUUUUGGAUCGAAAAUGCCUUCAGUCGGGCUGUCUUUGCCCAUUUUAUGGUCGGAAACACAGAGAACUACUCAGCGUCCGACUGGAUUGACGACAUCACGCUGGCCCAAGAGGCUCACAUCGAUGCUUUUGCCCUCAACAUGGCCAAGGGAGAGCCGAUGAACGAGAAGGCUAUAUCAAGCGUGUUCUCACACGCUGAGACCUUAGGCUUCACGCUCUUCUUCUCUUUUGACUACGCUGGUCGCGGCCCGUACUCUAAGGCUGAAGUUCUUGGAUGGAUCAACAAGUAUGCCUCCAGCAGCGCCUAUUUCCGACACAACGGGCAACCUCUUGUCUCCACCUUUGAAGGUCCUGAGCAGGCCGAGGAUUGGAUCGAAAUCAAAGCCCAGACAGGCUGCUUCUUUGUCCCCGACUGGUCAUCAUUAGGUGCUGGGCCUGCUAUUCGGGCCGCUGGAGGCGUGGCUGACGGUCUGUUCAGCUGGGCUGGUUGGCCUUGGGGCUCCCAGGACAUGGAUACCUACGUCAAUACUUCUUACAUGGAUGCAUUAGGCACCAAACCUUACAUGAUGCCUGUAUCACCGUGGUUUUAUACUAAUUUGCCUGGCUACAGUAAGAAUUGGUUGUGGCGUGGCGACCAUCUUUGGUACGAUCGUUGGGUUCAGGUCCAGAUCAUCUCUUGGAACGACUAUGGCGAAAGUCACCACAUCAGUCCAAUUCGAGAUCAUGCACUAGUUGCCUUUGACACUGGCAAGGCCCCUUACAGAUACUCACUUGAUCACCACGGUUGGCGUACCUUUCUGCCAUACUCUAUCGACUGGUACAAGAACAGUAAGGCGACAAUUACUAUGGAAGGUGUUUCUUUUUGGUACCGUCCUACUCCUAAGGCUGCCUGCAAUACAGGCGGGACAACAGGCAAUACCGUGGAGUUCCAACUAUACGACAUUAUUGAGGACUCUGUCUUCUACACUGUACUCUUGACAUCUGCUGCAACUGUCAAGGUUACUAUUGGAGGUGUUGAGGCUAACGGUCAGUGGAGAGACCUGGCUGACGGUGAGGUUGGCCUUUGGCAUGGCAGCUCGCCGUUCAAGGGCCGGACAGGCGAUGUCAAAAUCACUGUCUGGCGUAAGGACGUUCUUAUUGCCGAAUUGACUGGUCCGGCAAUCAAGAAUGACUGUCCUAAUAACGGCAUGACAGGCUUUGACGCGUGGGCUGGAGGGCGCUUGACCUCAAAGGCCUCAAGGCCUAUGAACAGCCCGUCCUUGACAGACGAGGUUUGUAUUAGGGGCACUGGGGCUGAAGGUUUUGACGUUCUCUGCGGCGCUACAUGCUUCUUAGGAUACUGUCCUAAGAGUGCGUGUGUCUGCAAAGCGCUAGGAGCCCAGAGAACGCUACCAAAGCAGGUGCCUGGCAAGCACUAUCCGGCUGAAGGGCUGAAUUCAAACUACAUAGGACUCUGCGACUACGCCUGCCUCUAUGGUGCCUGCUUCUCAAGCUACUGCAGCAAAGACCAGCAUCCUCUCAUCGAACCUACCGUUUCCCCCUUCAGACCGCCCUCAUGUAUCUCCGGUACUGGGGAUGGGCCCUGGGAGGCGCUUUGCAGCUUCACCUGUCGUCACGGUUUCUGCCCUAUUGUUAGGUGCAAGUGCAACGCUCUGGGUCCACUCGAUCUCUUGAAUCCGACUUCUCAAGAAACGAAGGUUGCAAGCCGCAUCGGCGAAGACCACGGACUUUGCGCCUUCUCCUGCGCUAGAGGUUUCUGCCCUUUGAGUGCCUGCUCCAGCGGCAACGACCCGCAGGAGCAGACCGAUCCGGUUGAAAGCCUCGAGAUUCCUCACCUGGACCAAGACUGCAUGCGCUUUACCGAUUGUGUUGAUUUGGACAAUCCGCAGGCAUCUUCAUGCGGAAGUGGCUACCGGCGCCAGGGUCAUGACAGGGCAGGCUGCCCGGGCAAGUCUGCCCGGCCUAUUUGUUGUAAGGACUCGUCAGUGCUUCCCGACUCGUGUACCUGGAGAGGUAGCGGAGGAGACUGCAAUGGUCAGUGUCACGAAGGCGAGGUAACGCUAUUCGAGUCAAACAAGGGUGGUUCUCCAGGCGAGAGCGGUGAUGGCCAGUGUAGCCGUGGAAAAAAGGUCUUUUGCUGUAACCUGAAGACGUUUGAAUCCCUAACUAGCCAAUGUCGCUGGUCCCCAUGCGGCUCUGGCUGCGACGCAGAUGAGUUGGUGGUUGCCUCAGCAUAUGCAUUGAAGGAGUACUGCUCAAACGACUUUUUGAACAAGAAGGUGGGACAGAAGUACUGCUGCAAAACGGAGAAGCCGCCUUUGGACAACUGCCACUGGGUCGGCCAGGGAGACUGCGAGGACAACAACUGCAACAAUAAGGAGGUGGCUUUGAGAACCAACCCCAGCGGUGCCAAUUCCAACGAAUGUUUCUGGUCGAGAAAGAAGUCGCUGUGUUGCACGCCCAAUGACAACAUCAUUGAAUCCGGAACGGCAUAUGACUUCUAUUCCGAGCUUUGCGUUGAGGGAGAUCACCGUGAAAUCUGCGAGCCAGACGAGUAUGCUUCAAAUGAGCUCGAAGAGGAAGCAUGCCCAGAUGACGGAAAAACCGAGCUUCGUCGGAAUUCAUUUGAUGCUACCUACUCCUUCGAGGGGGCUCUAUCCAUCGAAGAAAGAGCACUUAUCCUAGAAAAACGAGGCAGAAGGGAGGUCAAGGUACUUUGGACGCUUGCCUCCGGCGUCGAUCUUACUUUGAGCGUCAUUGCCAGAUCCUAUCCUACCAUAAGCUAUCUUUUCAGGUCAAGGAGAGGUGCCCAACCAUCGAACCGCCUUUUCCGGAUGGUCACUGCUGGUUUGACACCAGAUGUUGUCACCGAAGAUCGUGGUUCUUCUCAAAGAUCACUCGCUGGCUACGAGACAGAGCAUAAUCCAGAUUUACAAAUUGCUCGCGACUUUUUGCGUACAGCUGGCACUGGCAUUUUGCCUAACAGCCAGCCCACCAGAAACAAUGCGCGCAUUGACCCAGAAGAGAUCGUCAGGAUCUGGCGUUCCGAUUCACUCCACAUUGAGUUUCCCAGAUCGGGGAACAGCAGAUGCCUCAGUACCCCAAACGACUACUUCAUGGACCAACUUGGAUCGUCAGGGAACGUACUUCCCUUGGUGGCCACGGACAAAAGACUGAAUGCAGCCAAGGCUCGAAUCUUCGGAAGCCUCAAAGUCAUUGCUGAUGACAGGUUUGCUAGGAUGACCAGGGAUAUGUUUGCUGGCAAUAUGUCAGCAACAACCGCGUUAUUUGGAGAGCUUCGAAGCAUUAUUGGCGUGUUUAACUAUCUUAACCACGAAGACCUUCAACCUGUACUGAGGCGAAACCGAUUAGCAUUGCGAGAGGCGACUAGAUUUCUCAGUCGGACGAUCCCCUCCUUCGCUCCACUGGCGGAUAUCUACGAGCAGUUUGAGCCUCUCUGGUACGAAGAUGCGGCCAUCAGAAGCCGUCGUCAGCUAGAACAGCGGCUGAACGAAAUCGAAGAGCGGCUUGAUGGGUUGAUAGCAAUUGGUGCAGCGCCGACAAAUGCAGUCACGAUCAGAUCCUACGUAUUGACGUUGAGGAGGCAUUUACCAGAAAUCAGAGCACCACCACCAGUAUCCCCUCAACCGCGAGAAGGCCUCAAUGCGGAGUAG